UUGCUGGAGGCAGGCUCGGGACCAGCCACUAGGCGAGCCGCUGCCAAUCAGCUCGGGGAGGUGCAGAAGGCUCACCCCGAGGAACUGCAUCGCCUGCUGGCCAGGCUUAUGAAACAUCUGAAAUCACCCGCCUGGGAGACGAGGGUCGCUGCUACACAGGCAGUAGAGGCGAUAUUAUCACAUGUCCCAGAGUGGCUUCCCCCGCCAUACACAGCUAAAGAGGAGGAUAUCGAACAAGAUGACAACAGCCGUCUGAGAUGUGAGACGUUCGACAUCGAUCGUGUCCUUGAACAUGGAGCUCAUCUCAUGGGGUCCGAAGGUCACGAGUAUGACCUGGAUGAAGAAACACUCUCCGCUACAGAUAUGAAGGAGCGUCUGACCAAACAGCGUCAGAACCUCAACAGUCGCUUGGGGUUGGAUGUAGCCGCGUCUCUAGGGGUCGAUCUCAGCGGAGUAUACUCAAAUGAGGAUCUGUGCAUACAGAAGACAGCCACUACACCUACUAAUAGGCGUCCUGUCCAAGAGCUCGUGUUGUCAAAGGGUCUCAGCUCGCGUGAAAUGAAUCUAGCCAAGCGUAAGGCUCGGCUGGCCUUCAGUAAACAGAAAUCCCGCGACUGUGAGGAGUCUCCUACCACGACGCCCACAACGCCCACGACGCCCACCGCCAGCACCGCGACCACAACUAUGGAGCCAGAACGGAAGAAGAUCAAAUUGGAACAGACAGAUGAUACCAUAUUGGAGGUAUCUGGUUGUGCGGUGCCAAGCCGUGAUGGUAGUUGGGGUGAAGGUCAUCGAUGGCCUCUGGGGGCCUGGAGCGGGGCCCUCACCGUGCAGCUACUCAGUGGGGCCUGGGAGGCCCGGCACGGGGCUGCCUCAGCUAUAAGAGAAUUACUGAGGGCCCCCAUCGUGCGUUCUGCAGGCUGGAAGGCUGGAAUGACGCCACAACAGAUGGAGGAUUCUCAUCAGGAGUGGUUGGAGGACAUGGCGCUUCGUUUACUGUGUGUGUUGGCUCUGGACAGGUUCGGAGACUUCGUUUCCGAUCAGGUGGUAGCCCCAGUGCGUGAGUCAAGCGCUCAAGCCCUGGGUGUGUGUCUGUCACGACUGAGAGCUGAGCGAGUGUGUCUUGUGGCGAGAGCGCUGGGAGGAUUAGCACGACACGCACAGUGGGAGGCGAGGCACGGGGCGCUGCUGGCCUUCAAAUACCUACUGGCGGCUAGGAGGGAGGUGGCCAUAGAAUGCGGUGCCUUGGAACUGUUGAUGUCAGGUUUAGAAGAUUCAGCGGAGGAUGUAUCGGGAGUAGCUGCGGGGGCGUUGGCCCUAGCCGCAGAUGCUUUAGCCGCGGCCCGUCAGACCCAGCUGGCGCGACUGGCAGCGAGGCUGUGGGCGCUGCUGCGAGACCAAGACGAGCUCGCCGCGCCCGCUCACAAGUAUAUGGCGCUGUUAGCUGCACUUAUGGCUCUGCCCGCUGCGGCUGCGCAACUACAUCCCAUUGAUUUGGCGGAUGUUCUGCCAAGACUAUGGCCGUACCUCGACCAUUCAACCAGUUCAGUAAGGAAAGCGACUCUUCAAACACUGAGAACAAUCACAAGACCUCUUAUAACCACAACAAGUAACGGACAGAAUGGUGACAGAAAUGAAAAUAAUGAUGCUCAGAAUGAUAUAGAAAAUAGUAAAGAAAGUGACACUCAAGUUGUUGAGAAUGGUGAUUCAAAUAAUUACCUGCAAUGGACCCCAGAACUACUACAGGAUACGAUGCGGCAUGUGUACCAGAGGGUGUUGUUUGAACAUGUUGAUGAUAUACAGGAGAUAGCUUUACAGGUGUGGGAGAAUCUUCUUCAUCAUGCAGACCUGGGAGUAAUCCUGGUGGCAUCGUGUCCGCUUCUAUCUCUCUGGAUGUGUCUCGCUAUGCAACCCGCUAGACUGCCGCUUGACCCUGCAUUAUUACUACACACGCCCACAAAGGAACGCACCUGUCGAGUCCGGAUUGGUGGAGUUACUCAAUCAAAUAAUGAAAGUGAACCGAGACCAAGUCAGAAGUGGUAUCUUGGUGGGAGUGAGUCACAGUCGGCUACAAUCAGAGAUGCUAACGUUACAAAGGCGAGGUGUUUGGCUGCGGAGAUGUUGGGUCAUCUGUCCUGCUACCUCGUACAACCUGCACCGGGCAUUGAAUAUAAAGCAGAAGACGAGAGUCCCAUUGACUGUUAUGUUAGGGUUAUGUUAGUGUACCUGAGAUCCAGUAGUGCUCUCCAGCGACUGGUCGCCGGUCUAGUGUUGGCGUCGUGGGCGCGGAACUCCUUGCGAUAUGGACUUUACCCACCACACUUAAAACAUAUGGAAACUAGGGAAGAUAAUCUCAGUGUUAUAUCUAAGCUAGCGCCACCGUCGCUGGUGACCGCCUUACACACCGCACUCAACCAGACUUUGUAUUAUGAUGAGGUCGCUCUUAAUUGUAACAGGAUACUACAAGAGGCCCGCGACCUGCUGGCCAUGAUAAAACAUUACAAACUACCAGUGGAUAAUGAAGAAUAUAAUAAUAUAUUGAGACUUGAACAGGUGUCAAUGUUAGCGGCGGGAUGUGAAGCGGCGGUGGCCGGGGCUCGCAGUAAGAGGGUGGCCGCCUCACUAGAGGAGCGCCGUGUAGCCCUACUGGAGGCCGCUAGGGCUGCCACGAGGGAACACGCCGCGCUAGCUGUGGCAGUACAAGCCGCUCUCAGCAGUGCGGUGGCCCAGUUGGCAGCGUUACCAGAGAGACUUAACCCAGUGGUGCGACCUCUCAUGGAGAGCAUUAAAAAGGAGGCUUCAGAGGAACUACAGAAGCUGUCGGCCGGGACACUGGCCGCGCUACUGGCUCAGCUCGUCCAUAGACAACCCUGUCCUAAUAAUAAAGUUCUGUCCAACCUUAAAGCUUUCCUAAGUUGCGAUCCAGAAUUCACUCCGCGUAUCAAUUUGGAGACGACGGAGGAAGUUAACGGUGAUUCAGGAAGUGGUGAUAGUGGAGGGGAGACGGAAGGUCCCGCCAAUCAGACACCGAGUUUGGACAAGUACGAGGGUAUCCUGACUCUCCGCGAGCAGCAGCGGAGUGCGGAGCGUCUUGUGACAAGGCGGGGCCGGCCGCCCGCACACACACACACAAACGCACACAACGACCUCACACUGGAUCAAAUGUUCCCGCACGAAGAUGAGGCCAGGAAAUUGCUUCGAAUACAAAGAAGAGGCGCAACGAUGGCCUUGACCAGUCUCACGGAAUAUUUCGGUGAUGAUCUGCCUGAGAAAUUGCCGAGGCUGUGGGAGUUUAUUAUUGAACCGUUCGAAAAAGUUAUGUCCGAUGAAGAAUUGGAAAAUAUUCCCGAGGAAGUGGUUGAAGAAUUAAUAUCGAGACUCCAAGUAGUAGAAGCUGUGGCGGGCAGUGUGGGCAGACGGGUGCCGAAUAUUACGAGGUUUAUUGAGAGCAAAGGCAAAGAUGAUAAACACGCCAGUGAUAGCGAUUCAGCAAAAGAAAAAGCGGGUAGUUCGUCAGUUAGUGGUAGUGGGCGGGUGUGGGCGCGUGUAGUGAGCGGCGUGGGCGCGUGUGCAGCUCUAUGUCGCGCGCGUCACACGGCCCUGCGACACAUGGCGGCCCGCGCGUUAGCCGCCAUCGCACAGAGAGAUCCACAUCCAGUUAUGCGCGUUCUAGUCGAUGAGUUGGUAUCGUCGUUGGAGCACCCCAGUCCUCGCGUCCGUUGCGGCGCGGCGGAAGGCCUAGCGCGUGUCGUGGAUUCCUUACAGUUGAAUGUGGUGCCUUACAUCGCUUUGUUGGUCGUGCCGCUGUUAGGUCGUAUGAGUGACCACAACCCGUCAGUGCGCACUAUGUCCACGCGGUGCUUCGCCACCCUGAUCCAGUUGAUGCCUCUCGACGGGCCGGCGGCGGCGCCCCCCGACCUGUCCCCCGACAUGCUGCACCGACGGAACAAAGAUAAAACCUUCCUCGAUCAACUCUUCAACCCUAAGACCAUCAAAGAUUAUAAGAUACCUAUACCGGUGACGGCUGAACUCCGGAGCUACCAGCAGGCGGGUGUCAACUGGCUCCGCUUCUUGAACGAGUACAAGCUGCACGGCGUGUUGUGUGAUGACAUGGGUCUAGGCAAGACGCUACAGUCAGUCGUGGUUGUGGCCGGCUCGCACUAUGAGCGAGCACAGAGUGGGGCUCCGCAGAUGCCCUCUCUCGUCGUGUGCCCGCCCACACUCACAGGUCACUGGGUAUUCGAAGUGACCAAGUUUAUACCGUCUCAAUACCUAAAGCCACUCCCUUACGUGGGUCCGCCAGUGGAGCGAGAGAGGCUAAGAGCCCAAGUACCGUUCUACAACCUUAUAGUAGCCUCCUAUGAUAUAGUCAGGAAAGACAUUGACUUCUUCAGCGGCAUUAAAUGGAACUACUGCAUCCUUGACGAAGGCCACGUCAUCAAGAACGGGAAGACGAAAGCCUUCAAGGCCAUCAAGCAAAUUGUCGCCAAUCACAGGCUGAUUCUAUCCGGAACGCCGAUACAGAACAACGUCCUGGAGUUGUGGUCGCUGUUCGAUUUCUUAAUGCCGGGCCUGUUAGGCUCUGAGCGUCAGUUCACAGCGCGCUACUCACGCCCCCUACUGGCAGCACGUGACCCUCGCGCUUCGCCCCACCACCUGCAAGCUGGGGCACUUGCCUGUGAAGCACUACAUCGACAGGUUCUACCAUUCUUAUUGCGUCGUGUUAAAGAGGACGUGCUUCGAGAGUUGCCGCCGAAAAUAACCCAGGACUACUACUGCGACCUGAGUCCGCUACAGCGGAGACUCUACGAACACUUCUCUAAGGAACACAUGCCACAGGAAGCUACCCACUCACACACGCACGUGUUUCAGGCUCUUCAUUACCUCCAGAACGUGUGUAAUCAUCCCAAGUUAGUGUUGAUGGAUUCUCACCCGGAGACGAGUCGUGUCACACAACAGCUGGCAGCCGCCGGCUCCUCCCUCGAUGACAUACAACACGGAGCUAAGCUGCCCGCGCUCAAGCAACUGCUCCUCGAUUGCGGCAUCGGCAGCGCGUCAACGGGUGAGGAGAGUGCAGUAGUGUCUCAGCACCGCGCGUUGAUCUUCUGUCAGCUAAAGAAGAUGCUGGACAUCGUGGAGAAGGAUCUGAUACAGAAACAUUUACCAUCGGUCAGCUAUCUGCGGCUGGACGGCAGCGUGCCGCCACACCAACGACACGCGAUAGUCACACGGUUCAAUACAGACGUGUCUAUCGAUGUACUACUGCUUACCACCGCUGUGGGCGGUCUAGGUUUGAAUCUGACUGGAGCGGACACGGUGAUAUUUGUGGAGCACGACUGGAACCCCAUGAAGGAUUUACAGGCCAUGGACCGAGCUCACCGCAUAGGACAGAAGAAGGUUGUUAAUGUAUACAGACUGAUAACGAGAGACACGCUGGAGGAAAAGAUUAUGGGAUUACAAAAAUUCAAGUUGAUGACUGCUAACACAGUAAUCAGCAGUGAGAACGCGGCCUUAGAAACAAUGGGCACAGAUCAAUUGUUGGAUCUAUUUCAGUCUCCUGGAUCUGGACCUAGCUCGGGUUCAACGGGAGCACAGUGUUCAAAAUCUCUUAUAGAAAACCUCCCCGACCUCUGGGAUGACAAACUGUAUGAAGAAGAGUAUGAUAUGACCAACUUUAUAAAGAGCCUAAAGAAAUAA